CAGCAGCAGCAUCCACCCUGGGACUCCUCCAUGAGAGCACUUCCCUCCCUCCCUCUCUCUGUCUCUUUACAAUCCUUUAUCCCUUCACUCUGUCAUCCCUUUGCUCCGCUACCCUUCACCCUCUCCCUCUUGUGAGUGUGCACUGCCCUCAACCAGCCACUCUUACUCCCUCCUCUCCCCUCUCUUCCUCAACAUCAUUUGACUUUGAAUCGCAAGACGUCGAUCGAUCUCUCCUAUGAAACAAUCCAAUUGAUCUGUCGCUCGGGUUCCUGAAGGAAGUAACAGAGCAGCAUGUCCCGGAGAAAGCAGAGCAAGCCACGACAAAUUAAACGGCCUCUGGAAGAUGCUAUUGAGGAUGAAGAGGAAGAUUGUGUAUCCGAGGAAAAUGAUAAUAUCAUCACAAAGGAAGAAUUUCCACUGGAAGAAAGUUUUACAACAGAUUUUGAACCAGAAAACAUGACCUGUGAAGAUGAGGAAUAUUUCUGUAAUAAAGCAGGUGAAGAGGGCGGCCAUGAUACAGCAGAGCUGGAUGGAGAGGUUCUGUCAGACAAAACUUUACAAGCCAGGACAGAAGCGGAUGGUUGGGAUGGACCAGGAGAGUUGGAAGCUUUCCAGAAGGACGGAGAACGCAGGAUUCAGAGCCGACAACAACUUCCAGUUGGAACAACAUGGGGGCCCUUCGCUGGCAAGAUGGACUUGAACAAUGAUAACAACAUUUUGAGGACAAAGGCUCCCGUUCCUCUGGUGCUGACUGAUGGUCCCAAAUGGUUGUUGGAUGUGACCUGGCAAGGCGUUGAGGAUAGCAAGAACAACUGUAUUGUGUACAACAAAGGAGGACAACUGUGGUGUACAACUACCAAGUCUAUCGCUGAGGGCGAGGAGUUAAUUGCCUUUGUUGUGGAUUUUGACUCAAGGCUACAAGCUGCCACUCAAAUGACUCUUACAGAGGGAAUGUAUCCAGCUCGCUUGUUGGACUCGAUACAAUUGCUUCCUCAACAGGCAGCAAUGGCGUCUAUCUUGCCUACAGCCAUUGUCAACAAAGAUAUCUUCCCCUGCAAAUCCUGUGGCAUUUGGUAUAGAAGCGAACGCAAUCUGCAAGCUCACCUCAUGUAUUACUGCAGUGGUCGCCAGAGGGAAACAUCUCAGCUGCCCGAGGACAAUGAGGACACUUCCCAGCAAAUGUCCUGUGUCUGUCCAUUCCCACAGUGCACAAAAAGUUUCUCUAGUGCAAGAGCUUUAGAAAUGCACUUAAAUUCUCACACUGGUGUUAAAGUUGAAGAUUUCCUUCCCCCCGGGGCCAGUCUGAAAUGUACAGUGUGUAACUACACUGCGGAAUCUGUGAUUAACUUCCACAAACACCUGUUCUCUCAUCUUACUCAAGCUGCCUUUAGAUGCACUCAGUGCCAUUUUGGCUUCCAAACUCAGAGGGAACUCCUACAACACCAGGAGCUUCAUGUCCCUGGAAGUAAACUACAACGGGAAGCUGACACUGAACAUUCUCCUGGUGCCAGCGAAGCAAAUGCACAACAGACGCCAGAACUGCUGAAUAAAAAUGAACUUCUACGGAGCCAAAAGACUGUGCAGAAUAAAGAUGCAAGCUCAGACAGUGAACUGGAAAAGAGUGAAAAGAAACCCAUCCUUUUCCUCGCCAAUCAGAGGCCAGAGGCAACAAACAAAAACGUUUUUUCGUAUACGAAAAUUAAAUCUGAGCCAUCGAGCCCGCGGCUCGCUUCAUCUCCAGUACAACCCACCAUCGGACCUUCAUUCCCUAUGGGGCCUUUUCUUUCCCAGUUUGCUUUCCCACACGAUAUCACGGUGGUUCCUCAAGCCUCGGAAAUCCUUGCAAAGAUGUCUGAACUGGUACAUAGGAGGCUAAGACAUGGCAGUAAUAGCUACCCCCCAGUAAUUUACAGCCCCUUAAUGCCAAAGGGGGCUACCUGCUUUGAGUGCAACAUAACUUUCAAUAAUUUGGACAAUUAUUUGGUACAUAAGAAACAUUACUGCAGCAGCCGGUGGCAGCAUAUCACCAAGACUGCCGAGUUCCCCAAUGUUACCGAGAAGAUGCCGGAAUCAGUAAGUCCAACCAAUGCUCAGAAUUCUGUGAACCUCCUAAACCCUCCUCUUCCUUCUACUGAACCUGACAACCAGCUCCUUCCGACAUCAUGCAUUAACUCAGGCAACGUAUUAGAUUUGUUAGGGUCCAAUAUUAAGCCAAGAGACAACAAAGACUUUGCAGCAGAUGUUAAAAAAAUUACAAAUGCUGGUAGCAAUGACGAGAAAAUGAACGGAAAGCCCAAUGAAAUUAAAAACACCACCCCUCCUCAGCUGGACACGGACAACAGUGACCCGAACAAAACCACCUGCGAAGCUUGUAAUAUCACGUUUAGUAGACACGAGACCUUUAUGGUUCAUAAACAGUACUACUGUGCGACGCGCCAUGACCCACCAUUAAAAAGAUCUGCAGCGAACAAAGUGCCUGCCAUACAGAGAACUAUGCGAACAAGGAAGAGGAGAAAGAUGUAUGAGAUGUGCCUCCCCGAACACGAUCAGAGGCAACAGCUAGUUCAACAGCAUUUUCUUCAAGUAGCUAAUCUUGGCAACCCAUGUACAUCUUCUCAAGACUCAGCAGAGGGACUUGGGGACUGUUAUCACCCCAGGUGCGAUAUCUUUCCAGGAGUUGUUCCAAAACAUUUGGAAACAUCACUUUCAAUUAGUAAAUGUGUUCCAGUGGUGAAAUGUGAUCCUUCGCACUCAACCAUUUCCUCCCUUGAGAUGGAUGCUCCUAUAGACCUCAGUAAAAAAUGUUUAACACAAUCAGAUAGGGUAUCCACAUCUCCGAAAAGGCUUCUGGACUAUCAUGAAUGCACAGUAUGUAAAAUAGGAUUUAAUAAAGUUGAAAACUACCUUACUCAUAAGCAAAACUUCUGUCCUGUGACAGCAAGCCAACGCAAUGACCUAGGGAAUCUCGAAAGCAAAGUGUUUCCCAAUGCGGAAAAUGAGAGGAGCAGCCCUGAAGCCAACUUCGAAAGGAACGCCAUAAAGUGCGAAAAGAACCGAACCACAAAACAGUCCUCACCUAAUGGGAACUUAUUCUCUUCGCACUUAGCAACUCUUCAAGGUCUUAAAGUCUUUAGUGAGGCAGCCCAGCUUAUCGCAACGAAAGAAGAAAACAAAAAUGCAUUUUUUCCACAAUGCCUUUACCCAGGAGCAAUAAAAAAAGCAAGAGGAGCAGAUCAGCUUUCUCCGUAUUAUGGCAUCAAGCCAAGUGAUUAUAUUUCUGGGUCUCUUGUAAUACACAAUGCGGAUUUAGAUCAAAGCACAAAUGUAGGAAGCGAGUCUCCCAAAAGCCAGAUACCUUCAAAUGGAUGUUCUUUGCUGAAGAAAGAGUCACUCCCGCUAUUGCCAAAAAACAGGGGUAUGGUAAUAGCUAAUGGUGGACUUAAGCAGGAGGACCGACCUGCAGUCAAUUCCCAGCAAGAAAACAUAUCCCAGAAUCCUCCACAGGAAGAUGGAUGCAAAUCCCCCUCCUGGGCUUCUGACAAACCUUUGACAGCCAAUGAAAAUGUCUCUCCGUCAACCCCAGCUGCUGAGGAUCAGGUGUCAAGCCUGACGAAAAACCUAAAUGGUUCUGGUACAGCUGCAGCCGGUGGGAAAUAUUGCCGCCUGUGUGACAUCCAAUUUAACAAUCUUUCAAACUUUAUUACUCACAAAAAGUUUUAUUGCUCGUCACAUGCCGCCGAGCACGUCAAAUGAACAAUCACGUGCGUUGAUUUUGGUAAAAACAAAAAACAUGAAGUCUAUUUGUUUCUUGCAGUUUGAGAACAGAGGAGAAAAAAAAUAACAAUGCUGCUUAACUGAUACCUGGACAAUCAGGAUAAACAUUCAUGAAAAAUGACUUGAAUAUUUGAAGUGUAAUUCCAUGACAGUUAUGCGUAAAAGUGUAUUAUUGGUGCCAUUUUUCCUAUUAUUUAUUUUACCAGCAGUGUUCAUACAGUUGUGCCCAGCACGGACUCCUGCGCCCCUGCCAUUUAGAUGGAAAGAAGUACUUAACCGGCACAGCAGUCACUGUUGGACACGACUGUAGCUGUGGUUAUGUUAUUUUUUAUUUAAAGAACUUUAUAUUAAAGUCAUUUGUAAUGUUAUUGUAUAGUUAUUGUGUAGCACAUAUGGUUUGCACCUGUAUAGUAGAUUUUAAAUGAUAUAGACACAACAUUACGGAAAAAAGGACAUAUUAGGAAUAGCUUCAGAAGCACUUGUGUAUACCUACUUUUUUUUUUUCUUCUUCUUCUACGCUUUUGCGACUAGUAGAUGUCUCUGCUGAAGUAUAACUGGCAGACUGGGAACUGAGUAAAAAUAUAUUUAGUUAAUAAUUAUUAUAAAUUAUAAUGUUCAGGAAGACUAAAAAAACAAUCAGUAAUUGGAAGUUGUUGUAACGUACAUAGAUAGAGAUGGCCCUAGAGCAAAUACCGAAAUGGCCUUCUAGUAUGGUGUCUGAUUUUGACCUUACCAGGAAAGCUCUGCUAUCCAUGACCCAAUGGUCAAUAUCCUCCUCCAUUAAUUUGCUGACAAUGCAGUUCCCUGUAGAGAAUUAUGCACAGUUUCUUACCAAUAGUAAAAUAAAUCAGACCAACCAGGACAGGGCCCCCUCUCUCCAAGGGCCCCAUAGCAGCUGCAUGGUCUGCCACUAUCAUACUUUUGCCCUUGCUUGUGCCAUAUUAAGUUAAGUAAACCUGCUAGGACAAGAUCUCUUUAAAUAAGCAUAUGGUGACCUAUCAAAACUUAAAUAAAUAAAUAAUACAUAUAAAUACAAUACAAAUAAAUAAAGGGGGCAAAACUGAGCUCCCAAAGCUAAUUUAUCUAGACUAAUCUACCAUAAUCUACCAUGUUAGAAUACAUAAGAUUUUUCCUCAUCCAUCUGUGGUAUGCAAACCCAGACAGAACACUGUAAGGCAGUGCUUCACCAAGCUCGGUCCUCAAGCCCCCCCCCCCCCCAAGCAGGUCAUGUUUUCGGGAUUUCCUUAGUCUUUCACAGAUGAUAUAAUUAUGGUCAGUGAAUCGGACAUCAUCACAGGUAUAUCACCUGUGAAAGACCAAGAAAAUCCAGAAAACAUGACCUGUUGGGGGGGUCUUGAGUACCGCACUACUCUAAUGUGAUUUGUAUCACCUUCUGCACCAUCUGUGACCAGAAAAAUGGCCAGACACUAGGGAUUUCAUGACAUUAGAUAUGUGUUUGUUGAUGGUUGAGCAACUAUCUGGUAUACAAUCAUAAUGCCAAUGCAGCCAUAAGUCUUUAUUCGCUAUUACAGUCCUUCAUACUCAAUAUCAUUGUUCAACUACAGCAGGUGAUAAAAGAUACUCACCAUGGAACAUUCUUUAAUAGAACAAAUGUUUGUGUUGUGGCCAACUUCACCGUACACACUCAAGUAAUAGUGAUUAUUCGAUCAAAAUUCAAAUAAUAGCCAACUUUUUCCAGACAAUUUGUUUAUUUAUUUAUCACUAGCUAAAAUAAUCGUUCAUUGUUACUUUCAGCCUGAUGAACUGUUGUUUUGGUUGAAGUCGUCAGUUAAGCUCCAAAUUAUACUCGUCUGUAAAACCACAUUAAAGGGGUACUCCGCUGCUCAGCAUUUGGAACAAA